CUCGGUAGUUAGUUGGAAUCGGAAAAAAUCAGAUUUUAGUUGAUAUUUUACGUCACAAUUGUCACACACGGUCAAUCUUAAAUUUUAUCCCGUGUCGAAAUAAACAGUAGCGGAAAGUAGGCCAUGGCGAAUGAUAGUCUAUUUUAUUCGUUAUUAUUCGGUGCAACGUUAAAAAAGUUGUGUUUAAGUCAUCAAUAAAAUAAAAUAAUGGAAAUUGUGGACAUAGAGGACGGCCAAGCCGAUCCUUCGGCGGUAACAAGAAAGAAAAGUUUAUGGGCUAAAAUAAACAACAGGACCACAUAUAGUUAUUUAUUUAAUAUUGUUAUUUCAAUAUUAUUACUUACGUGUCUAGUUUUAGUGUUAUAUUUCUUCAAAGAAUAUCUGAAGAAUAUUUUAUACUGGGUGGACGCGCAGGAUCCCAAGAUUAUAUUUUUGUUAUUUAUGGGACUAUUUUUAAUUGUAAGUUUCCCAGUGACGAUUGGAUAUUUAGUGCUUAUAAUAACCAGUGGAUAUUUAUUCGGUAUUGUGAAAGGCUUAGGAACUGUAGUGGUAAGUGCGAACUUUGGUGUAGCAGUGGCACAUUUUACGUUGAAAUUGUUGAGAGGAUACUUGCCUCUCGACCGACUGCUGAAGAACGAGACGGCGAGAGCUCUUCUCAAAGUGAUAUCAGGGCCUCAAGCGUUUAAGAUAGUAUUUUUUGCCAGACUGACGCCGAUUCCUUUUGGUCUUCAGAACACAAUUUUCGCAGUAAGUGAUGUUCGAGGUUGUGGUUAUCAUUUGGCAACUCUGCUGGGGCUCCUCCCAGCGCAGGUGAUCAACGUGUAUCUCGGGUCAACGCUGCGGUCCAUGCACGACGUUCUGCACGAAUCGCACUUGACUGGAUACAUUGUUUUUGCAUUCCAGAUUCUAAUCGGCAUAACGCUCAUGGUGUGGGUGGUGCAGAAAGCACGCAAGGAGUUGACGAUCGCCAUAAUGGCGGCCGAGCUGGGACGCGAUACGUUGUCGACGAGCAGCUCGUCCAGCUAGCCCACCGCCCGCACCUCCGACGUCGAUAGCGGCAGCGACAGCUAGGGGCGGGCCACCGGGUGUUGCACCCAGCAGUGUGAGACUUAUGUCUAACAUAAAAGGACUAAAAUUCUACGUCGUUUCGACUGAUUUACUAAAAUCUCAAGUAACCGUAGCUUUCGCUUUAGUCGUUGCCGUUGACGUCGCUCUGGUGAUGCAUAAAUAAGGUACUGUUUUAAGUUCGGCAGUGACGACCUUUACCGUAAUGUGAGACGUAACUUUAAGGGAUAAGGUUCACAAUUCCAUAGCAAUGGGUCGAGCGAAAUGUCGAAUCUUAGCUAAAAUAGCUAGUCCACAUCAGACUUGAAUAACAGUGGCAGCGAAUAAGCACGAACGUGCUCCAAUGUGUGACCUAAUUAUAAAAGAAUAAGGUCCACAAUCCUGUGAUAUUAACGUUACGUUCGUAGAGGAUAUAGUUGGGAAUAGAUAUUGUGAAGAUUUUAUUUUGUAAGUAGAACUUUUUGAAGUCUUUCAGAACGAUACGCACGCAAUAAUAUGAUUACAUUUUUCCUCGAUAGAAUAUUUUCUUGACCUAUUAUUAUUAUUAUAGUCCUAGUUACGGAUGUGUGUGUUGUAACAACAAUAAUAAUUGCGAGUCUGUAACGAAAUGGAAAAUGUAUAUAAAAAUGCGUCAAGUGCUUAUCAUUCUGACAGAAUUAUAUUUAUUCAAUAUAAAUUGUAUUACAAUUUACAAGUUUAUUUUCGCUGAUAACGUGCUCUGAUGCGGAAAUCUCAAUUUACAUUUAACGAAGAUAUAUAAAUACAUAUAAUAUAUAGGUACUUUCUCUUUGUCAAAUCCUGCCAAAUCUGUAUGUUAAAAAUGAAAACACA